ACCCCUCUCAUCUCCACCACCUCUCUCUCCCUCCUCCCUCUCUCUCUCAGAGGAACACAAUGUGGCUGAAAUCCAGAGUGCUGCUCCUGCUACUUUGCGCCACCUGCCACACUGCUGUAUCCUUCACCAAUGGCCUAUUGCCUAAUGGCAACUUCGAGUAUGGCCCAAAGCCAUGGGAAAUGAAAGGCACCAAAGUAAUGGCCUCAAGGGCCAUACCCAAAUGGGAAAUCUCCGGCUAUGUAGAGUACAUCAAAUCCGGCCAAAAACAGGGUGACAUGCUGCUAAUCGUCCCUGAAGGAGCCUAUGCAGUAAGACUGGGGAACGAAGCAUCCAUUAAGCAAAAGGUUAAGGUUGUUAAGGGAAUGUAUUAUUCCAUAACAUUCAGCGCGGCCAGGACUUGUGCCCAAGAGGAGACAUUAAACGUCUCGGUUGCACCCAACUCAGAAGCAAAUGACUGGGGAAUGCUGCCCAUGCAGACCAUGUACAGCAGCAAUGGCUGGGACUCAUACGCAUGGGGGUUCCAAGCCGAUGACAAAGAAAUCGCGAUCUCAAUCCAUAACCCUGGUGUUGCGGAGGACCCGGCUUGCGGGCCUCUCAUUGACUCGGUGGCAUUGAAGGCUUUGUAUCCUCCCAGACGUACUAGAGCAAACCUUUUGAAGAACGGAAAUUUCGAAGAAGGCCCAUACGUGUUUCCCACGGCAUCAUGGGGUGUCCUAAUCCCCCCCAACAUUGAGGACGAUCACUCUCCUCUACCAGGCUGGAUGAUCGAGUCCCUCAAAGCGGUGAAAUACAUCGACUCCGACCACUUCGCCGUGCCGGAGGGCAAACGGGGCGUCGAACUCGUCGCCGGAAAGGAGAGUGCCCUCUCACAAGUGGUAUUCACUAUACCCAACAGGGUCUACGUGCUCUCAUUUUCAGUCGGAGACGCCAACAACUCUUGUGAAGGGUCAAUGGUGGUGGAGGCAUUUGCUGGGCUGGACACUGUCAAAGUCCCCUACGAAUCAAAGGGCAAGGGAGGGUUCAAGCGGGCCAAGUUGCGGUUCAAGGCCAUAUCCAAGCGCACGCGGGUGAUGUUCUUGAGUACAUAUUACACCAUGAAGAACGAUAAUUCUGGCUCAUUGUGCGGGCCUGUAUUAGACGAUGUUAAGUUGCUUAGUGUACGCAAAGCUCGGGUGUGAUCAGGCUGGUUAUGGUACUACUCCAUAGACUAUCCAUCCACCUUGCUGCUUGGGAUACACUUAAUGUAUUUUGUUGUAAUAGAAAUUGAAGCCUUGAUUUCACUUCA